AUGCCCGCCACCCGCAAGGUCUCCAAGUCCAUCAAGCAAGAGGACGUCAAGCCGUACGACCGUCCCAAAUCCCCACCCGCCUCGUCUUCGAAGAAUAAGGCGCGCACCCAGCUCCCAGACGGGAGCAAGGCGGCCCUCGCGCGCGCCGUGGUUGCGGCGGGCGUGAAGGCGCUGACGAACGAGGAGGCGGCGCAGCUGUCCGGACUCAGCUCCGCGCAGGUUAAGAAACAGCUCGAGGCGGGGCGCGGUGUGCGCAGGGCUCUGCUCGAGUUUGCGGACACGCUGGGGUAG